CAUGAAAUGUUGAUCAUCUGGCCGCAGCGCCCGACCCCCUAAAAUGUCCUAACCGCGGCGCUCGGCCCCCUGGACUAUCAUAACCGCAGCACUCGGCCCAAAAAUUGUCUUUACUUAAGCUGACCUUACCAUGAAAUAUGUAAGGUUUUGAUAAAGGUGAGGGGGGGAGGGGCUGUCAAUAAAGAAUUCUCAAUAUCUCUUGUAAAUUAUUUUGAAAUUUUCAACUUAAAUUUAAGAAAGAGUAAUUCGGUAUCAAAACGUAUUUAGUUUUUUUUCAGUAAAAUGUCGGUUGAUUACAAUGAUGAUAUGGACGAGGAUAUGGAGUACUUGGAGAACCUGGAACCAGAGCAGAAAGCUCUUCUCUCAAGGUUAGCGGAGAUGAACGAAGACUCAAAUUAUAGUUCAGCCAGGCUCAACUUUGGACUUCAGGAUGGUACAGAUUUCAUUGAUGGGCGGAAUUCACCACAAGAGACCAAAUAUAAAACUGAAGUGUUAAAAGAAAACCUCCGGAAGGACGGAAAUUCUAAACUAAAAGGGAUUCAAAAAGAUUUUUCCAAAUCCAGUAAAGUGAUUCGACCUAAUUCAGGAGCUGCUAGUCCUUCUUUAUUACGAUCUAAUAGUGAUAAACCGAUGCCUUUAAAUAAUUUCAAUAUUCCACUCCGACCCUCACUGUCCAGUUCAGUAGGAUCAGAUUCCUCUUCACUCCGACCCUCACUGUCCAGUUCAGUAGGAUCAGAUUCCUCUUCACUCCGACCCUCACUGUCCACCUUAGCGGGGUCAGAUUCUUCUACACUCCGACCCUCACUGUCCAGUUUAGCAGGAUCAGAUUCCUCUUCACUCCGACCCUCACUGUCCAGUUUAGCAGGAUCAGAUUCCUCUACACUCCGAUCCUCCAUGUCCAGUUCAGUAGGAUCAGAUUCCUCUACACUCCGACCCUCACUGUCCAGUUUAGCAGGAUCAGAUUCCUCUACACUCCGAUCCUCCAUGUCCAGUUCAGUAGGAUCAGAUUCCUCUACACUCCGACCCUCACUGUCAAGUUUAGCAGGAUCAGAUUCCUCUACACUCCGACCCUCACAGUCAAGUUUAGCAGGGUCAGAUUCCUCUACACUCCGAUCCUCACUGUCAAGUUUAGCAGGGUCAGAUUCCUCUACACUCCGACCCUCACUGUCAAGUUUAGGUUCUUUUGGAUCAGGUUCUAGAGAGUUUUCUAUACCCUCCCUACUAGGAUCUAAUAAUUCUAAUCCCAGCAAGUUCACAAUACCUUCUCUUCUAUCUUUAACUCCAGCAAGUUCUAAUCCUGGUUUCGGACUUACUCCGUUGACAGAUAGUUCAUCUAGUAGAUUAGAAUCUCUGGCUGAACUCCACCUUUCUUCAUCUUCAACUCCGAACCUGAAUUCUCUAGCCAACCUUCAUCUUUCAUCUAACCAUAGUGUGUCCUUACUCGGAGGAAGUAAACCUUCUCCCCUAACUUCUGGUGGAUCCGUACUAGGAGCAACCAAACCAUCUCCCCUAAUCGCUGGUUCAAUAAACUCCUCUGUAUUAAAACCUUGUUCGGAGUUCAGUUUAACUCAAGAUAUUGAUCUCACAUCUGCUCUGAAAAGUAUCCAACCAUUGAAGUCGGUUAAAUUAAACUCAACCCCGGAGCAGAUCAAACCGGAGACAGUUCUUCUCCUGGUUGAUAUUUCAACCCUGAAAUCCAAUCUGAGAGAGAAAAUUCCUUCAUCCUUCGGAAAAGUUAUUAAGAAACGAUGGAGACGGGUUGCAGGGCUUCAUAAUCUCUCAUACAAUAUAGCUAACUACUCCCUUCUCGAAGAAGUGGCGUCCAUUGAUAAAUCCAAGAUGGCGUCCAUCGAUAAAUCCAAAAUGGCGUCUAUCGAUAAAUCCAAGAUGGCAGUUCGGUUCCAGUUUAACGAACCUAGUCCUGACGAUGUGGUGAAGAAAGCCCAGUCUCAAUCCAGAGCAUUUCAAUUUAGACAAUCCCCUGAUAGGGUUUAGCUAGCGAUAGACCUGAAAAUUCUAAACAUGUAAAAAUUAAUAAUGUAAGACGGAAAUUAUUUAUAAACUAGAUAAAACUCUUA